AGAGAGCGAAGCGAGUAGGCCGCUGUUUUAAUUUAGUGUCAAAAGUUACAGAUAAAUAAUAAAUGUGUGUCGUGUAGUGCGCUGUGUAUAAUCAGAUUUGAAAAGUUCAGAAGGCGAGUCAGAGGCAUAAAUAAAGGCCCCACAGACGCCACAAAAAGAGGCAGAGCAGACAAACUCUCGGAUUGCAAAAAAAAAAAAAAAGGAAAGAGGAGAGACAAAAAAAAUGUGCAAGAAGAAGCAAAGAGAAGAAGAUCUAUUGAACAUAGUGGCGGCACAAACCCUCCGGUUAUCUAUGGGAAAGGAAAAGACCGACGCUUGUGAGACAAAUGCCGCAACAUCGCUGACAGCAGCAACCAAACACCAAGAAGUCACGGACGCCUCCUCCGACUGUGCAAGCAACCAAAUCAAAGGAACAGAAACUAUUAAGCAAUCUAAAAAUGAUGUUGCGUCGGAGUCCACCACAGCCACCAAGGCAGUCAGCAGCAGCACCAGCGACAAAGAGACCACAAAUGAUUCUUCCAGUGGAACAGCAGCAGCAGCAGCAGCAGUAGUCGAAGCAUCUGUAAAAGUUGAGGCCAUCGAAGCCGAAGUGGCCGAAAAGAAAACGUGUAAAAUUCGCAUUGUGCCUCUAGAGAAACUACUGCCACAGCAAUCGCAAACGAAAGAGCAACCAAAAGAGCUACCAAAAGUCUUGCCGCAGCGCAAGUCACGCAAUAACACCUCGAUUAUUGAAUUGAGCGACAGCGACGAGACCGAAGACGAAGCGGCCGUUGUGGUGAAUCCUUUGCGCAGGAAAGCAAAGGCCACCACCAGCGGCAGUGCCACCAUCACUGUCUUGUCCUCCUCCUCGGAAGAUAGCAGACCCUUUCAGCGAUCGAAGAUCAAGAUCGAGGCCAAGAAGCGGCCAAGGAAUAUUGUCAAUUUGUUCCAGUCAUCCGCCGAGGAUAGCGACAGUAAGGCCUUGUGGGUCCGCCAAAAGGUUAUCAACGGCAAAGGGAAGCCUGCCAAGAAGAACCUACGCAUCGCUUCGUCCCCCGAAGAGAGUGACAGUCAGGCAGCAGACACGGGCACACGCACGCGCACAAAGACGUCUCUAAAGAGGAGAAGAAGCCGAUCUCCCAACGCAGCUGGUGGCCAGGUUUUGAAGGCGGCCGUCAACGGCACGAAAGAGCAAAAGGCUCCGAAGAAGACUGCAAGCAUCACCUCCCCUGCAGAUCGUGUGCUCCUUCAGAUUGCAAGCGAUUCUUCCCAGGAUAGCAACGCCACAAGAAAGCACAAGUCGCCAGACGUCUCGAGAUCUGCAGAUAGCGACGAUAGCGUCGCCACAAAGCAGAAGAAGACUAACCAGAAGAACGCAUCAAAGAAAAAGUCAUCCAAGAAGACUGGAAGUGGCUUCUCCUCUGUAGAUCGCUGGCUCCUUCAGCUGGAAAGCGACUUUUCUGAGGAUAACAACGCCCCAGAGAAGGAGAAGACUACCAAGAAGAUCGCCAGAGAAGCAGCCAACGAAGCCGGCUGCCACUUCAGGGGCAGUGGCCCAGCUGCAACAACAGCCUCGACUGAAGAGUUGCUUGGUGCGUCUGAAGCGGAUUAA